AAAACAUUUGUUUUUAAGACAGAGAAGGGUCCGAGCGUGACUGUCAAAUCUACAUAUUCUCUCUCACUCUUAAUUCUCUUUCUUCCUCUCAGUUUCUUAUAACUUUCUCUCACUUUUUAUUAUAAUUCUCAGAGAAAAUAAAAGAUUCAGUUUCAAAAAAUUUAAAAUCGGCGAUCUUUUUUCUAUUUCCAGUUAUUAUUCCUCGGGAAUAUCUCGUCUUCAAUCUCUGUCUUCUCUUCCCCAGAAUGUAAUGUUCCAGAUUUUUAAGGGCUGGUUCUUGAUUUGAUUUUGAGCUGAGGAAAAAUGGAGGGUGGUGGCACAUUUUCUGGGAUGGUGAAUGGAACCCAGAUAGAUGGGAAGAUAUUGCAGACAUUUCAGAAGAAUUUUGUGCAGGUUCAAAACAUUUUGGAUCAGAAUAGGCUACUGAUAAAUGAGAUAAAUCAGAAUCACGAGUCAAGAAUCCCUGACAAUUUGAGCAGAAAUGUGGGGUUGAUUAGAGAGCUGAAUAAUAAUAUCAGACGAGUUGUUGACCUUUAUGCCGAUCUUUCUACUUCUUUCACCAAAUCUAUGGAUGUUUCUUCUGAAGCAGAUUCUAGUGGGGCUCUGAAAUCUGGUCUUAAAAGAAUUAGGCCUGCAUAGUUUGAAAUCUGGUCACAAUUGCCUUUCAGGUAUUAGAACAUUGAUGAUCAUUAUUUUAGAUUCUCAAACUCUCUUUUUUUUAUUUUUUAUUUUAUCAGUGUAAUGUCUAGUUCUUUUCCUAUAAUUUUCUUCAGAGAAAUAAUUGAAAUACAAUUUGUAAUUGAUCUAACUGUUGAAAUUAAUGAUGUUUUGUGCAA